AUGCGUUUAGGCUAUGUCGCCUCUUUGCUCUCACUCGCAAGUGUUGCCAUCGGCCAGAUUGGCGUCGAUAAGGUCGAUCAAACUGUGACGGAGCAUAUAAUCGAGGUCGACACAAAAUAUCUUACCCAAGAUCCUGCGUCAUACGCAGGCAAGAUUGGCGUCAACACGGAUAUGCUCACAGAAGACAACGGUGUCACGAAAUGGAUCGGGGUCAAUAGCGAGUACAUCACGCAAAUCACAACCACCACUACAAAUGCACAAGGAACACCUGUGACUAGUACCACCGACGUCCAGGCGUCUAUUGUAGGGGAUUUACCUGCAGAUGGAAUUCUCAAGGCAGAUAUCUCUGUCCUUAUCUCGCCAUCGUUUGUAGACGAGAUCAACGGCAUUAGAACGGAGUUUUGUUCUCUUAAGAAACGGGCUCUAGCUUGCCGUCCCGGAUUUUUAACCAAGGUCACCGCAGCUUUCGAUAUAUAUGCAGCUGCUGAAGCCGGAAAGUACGCAGGGUUCGGUGGGAUCGGUGUGGUAGGGGCCAUGUUUGCUGCACAGAUGCAAAAGAUUGCAGAGGGAGGGAAGGAAACUCCAUUUAAAGUGGACAUCAAGAAGGAUGACUUCAACAAGGCAAAACCAAUUCAAACCAUAAUCACAACUAUCAUAAUCACCAAGCCAGGAACAUCGACGACAUCACCAACAUCCAAGUUGCAAAGCACCGCCGAGGGUGGCAAACCACCAUCCACCGGCCCAACUGGCGUCGCGGAGUGCUGGUUAUACAGGGGUUCUAAACCUGAUCUCUCGGAUGUCGAGACCGACGAUAACAAUACGGGCGAAGACCUGCCCGAUACGAGUACUCCUAACAAAGUGAAGCGGGUUGCAGGUCGAGUAGCCUAUGAUAACUCCGUGAUUCUUCUGAGGAGCCCAGUCAUCGAUGACUCGUUGCAGUCGAGGAACCCAGCCAGUAUCCUCAAGCGCGGGAAGCCUCUCUCGAAACUUGGCAACUGUCCGCAGGUUCUUAGCCCUGAACUUAGAACGGCACUGAGAUACCCAUCUGUUUCAGAUAUCCAGAAGACGACGGCGGCUGGGCUACCAGGUGACCAGUGGUGGUAUAUCCCUCAACCUGCUGCUGGUCUCAAGCUCUGCACAGUUUACACUUUGCAACACAAAGGAAAUACAGGAACUGGAACUGGAGUAGGAACAUUGCCAGCUGGAUAUGAUCAACAAAAUCCAGCAGCCAAAAAGCUAAGCGUUGAUCACGCUUAUGAAGUGUCUUUCAUCAAAGAUUUCUUUUCCUCGGUAUUCACAGAUAGCAAGGAUGUCCGCUGCAAACCAUUCAUCGACAUGUUCACUAAAGACAACGCCAACCCAGCCGCAGUGGAUGACAGUGGGAAAAGGUUGAGUCGCCUUCAAACCCUUUUCUUCCUCGGACCAAAUAAGAAAAAUAAGGCUUUCAUCGGUCUAGACCAGAACAUCAACGCUGUCAAAGGAAAACUCAUGAACCCGGGACUUGACGGCAUCCAAAAGAUCAAGGUUCCUGGUCCUAGUCUCACUCCCCUCGAUGCCGUAGAUGCGAAUUUGAAUCUAUGGAACGAUAUAGCCAUGGCGUGGUCCUUCAAUAAACUCCCAGCCGCGCAGGUACAAUUCAAGAAGAUCAACACCGCGGUGUAUAGAGGAUUCCUUGCGUUCGAUGACCUCCAGGCUUGCGAACCUAUUAAAGGGGCAGGUGAUAGUCUCUUUCCUGCGACCUGGGCGUCGCAAUACGAGGCGUACAUCAGGAACUUCUUGAAAAAGCAACAAGCCGAUACCGUCAAAUAUGUAGCCUCCAUCACUUCAGCUAUUGAAGCCCUCCCAAGCGCAACAGAAAACCCAGACAAGACUAAAAACAAAUUCGGUCAUGCGUUCGAAGCUCUUACCAAGGAGUUCCCCGAAGAGUUCUACAAUCUCGAUGAAAAGGCCUUAUUUGACUUCUCCGGCGACGCUCUUCAGAUAAAGCGUGACAAUGCUGUCAUAGGAUUCCCCGCAUGUUCGACCACCAAGGCGCCCACGCCCACGGACUUCCCUACACUAUCAAAGACAUGCGUAACAAGCACCGUCUUCGACUGCAAGUGGAUCUACAGGCAAGUCACCAAUAUCGCCGACUGCCCCACGACUACAGUUAAUACCCUACCUGCGUCCUGCACCGUAAAGCCGACAUUUACACCUCCCAAGCCCCCUGCUUACACGGGUGGCGCACGCCCAGAGUUCACCUGGCAAUGUAUAAACAAGAACAUGGCUGGGAUCAAGCCAGUGGAUCGACGGAUUGCCAGCGAUGCUAUCAACCUCGGCUGUGGCAGUGAAAUGAUCGAAACUCCACCUGGCAAUUGGGAUGGUUCCCAGAUCGGCUGGGAAGACGGAAUCCGUACCAAGUCCAGCCAGUAUCUGCACAUGACUCACCAUUGGAGCGACAAUCAAGACGGGUGUAAACCUAAACCGAAAUCCUUGUCGGGUAUUCCUUACAAAGAUUGCCAGCAUGCGCAGUUGCUUAUUAUUGACAAUUGCAACACCGAUACCGUUACGGAGAAAUAUGGUGGAGCUGGAAGGUGGAAUUCUCCAAUCGGAUGUAUUGAUUUUGAAAUUUGGAGUCCAGAUCCAGCGCCCAAAUAG